CCCAGCUACCACAGCUAAAACCAGGACUUGGAAUUGCGGUUUCCCUUUUCAGAUGACGAAUGAAAUGGUGACAUAGAAAUGGAAUUGCCAACACAUAUACCCUCACAGUGGCCAACGCAACCCACCCCUACUAGCAUGCUUGAAAAGCCUUUUAUGUUUCUGACUCUAAAACAGCUAAACCAAAUUCGUGCCCACAUCAUCAAAUCCUCAAAGCCCAACCUCUUAAAUUCCUUGUUGAGAUCACUAGCACAAGCCAACGCCUCACACGAUGCCCUUCUCCUAUACAAUCAGAUGCUCUAUGGACCAACCUCACACGACCAUUUCACAUACACCUACGCCCUCAAGGCCUGUUCACUACUGCACGCCGUUCCCAAGGGCCAUGAGAUCCAUGCCCGCAUCAUUACAUCCGGCCAUCACUCGGACAUAUUCAUCCAAAACACCUUACUCAAUAUGUAUGUUGAUUUCUGCGACAUUAUCAGUGCUCGCCGGAUAUUCGACGCUAUCUCUGAACCAGACGUUGUGUCAUGGACUUCGAUGAUAUCAGGGCUCGCAAAGAGUGGGUUCGAAGAGGAAGCUUUGAUGGUCCUCGUUUCAAUGGAUGUAAAGCCUAAUUCCAUGACCCUUGUUUGUCUUCUAUCAGCUUGUGCCAGGUUGAGAGCCCUAGACAAAGGGAAAGCAAUCCAUGCUUACUGUUUGAAGAACUUGAAUGGGGAUAACAUUAUCGUGGACAACGCAAUAUUAGAGUUAUAUGUAAAAUGUGGGUCUUUGAUACCUGCGCAGCUCCUGUUUGAAACAAUGCGUAACAGAGAUGUGGUGUCCUGGACUACCAUAGUGUGUGGCUAUGCGCAAAAUGGAUUUUGCCAGAAGGCCAUUACCGUUUUCAGAAAGAUGGCACGUGAAGGAGAAGUCGAGCCCAAUGAAGCCACUAUAGUGAGCGUCUUCUCCGCUUGUGCUUCACUUGGGUCCUUCAGUUUGGGUCAACAAGUGCACACUUACAUCCAAUCCAUCCAUGGUGUCACUCUUGAUGGUCAUGUGGGAAACGCUCUGGUGAACAUGUAUGCCAAGUGUGGCCACAUGAGCAUGGCCCUUAAAAUAUUCAAUCGCUUGGCAUGCAAAGACUUGGUUUCAUGGAGCACCAUCAUUGGUGGUAUGGCCAUUAACGGGUACGGCAUGCAAGCACUGCAGAUGUUCUCUCUUAUGCUGUGCAAUGGUAUUGCCCCGGACGGCGUAACGUUCCUGGGUUUGUUAUCUGCGUGUAGCCACGCAAGGCUGGUGGAUCAAGGACGGGCCUUCUUCACGGCAAUGAGAGAUGUUUACAGGAUCAGGCCCGAGAUCGAGCAUUAUGCGUGCAUGGUGGAUCUGUAUGGUCGUGCUGGACUGCUGGACGAAGCUGAGAGUUUCAUUAGAGAGAUGCCCAUGGAGCCCGAUGGUGUGGUCUGGGCUGCGUUGCUUAAUGGGUACAAGAUUUAUGGAGAUGGCAAGGUGGAUGAGCGGUUGGCUCGAUGUCUGAUUGGCGCGAGGAGCGCAAGUGGAGGGACUUGGGCUCUUCUGUCAAAUACUUAUGCUAGCGCAAGCAGAUGGGAGGAGUUCCACAGGGUGCGAGAAGUGAUGAGAUGCAUGAGAAUGAGGAAGACGCCUGGAUGUAGUUGGGUCGAAGUUGACUCACCGAUUCAUUCAUAG